AUGACCCAGGCUCUGUUACACAUGCUUGGAUUGCAGAUGAAACCCAGAUUUGCUGGAGAAAGCCGUCAGGGAGACAGGACCAUGUGGCUGCUCCUACCUCUGCUCCUUUUCUGCCUCCCAGGCUGCUUGUCUCUGACGGGUCCCAGCUCCAUAACUGGCCCCAUGGGGGGUUCUCUACUUGUGCAAUGUCGGUAUGAGAAGAUGUACAAGGGCCAUAACAAAUACUGGUGCCGAGGACAGCAUGACACCACGUGUGAAAGCAUUGUAGAGAUCGAGGGAGGAGCACAAGAAGAGAGGAACGGCCGUGUGUCCAUCAGAGACCAUCCCGAGGCUCUCACCUUCACAGUGACCAUCGAGAACCUCAAUGCAGAUGACGCGGGGUCUUACUGGUGCAAAAUCCGGACAAUAUGGAUCCUGGAUGUGUGGUCACGUGACCCCUCAGUCCUGGUGAAGGUGUGUGUUUCCCCAGCUACUACAACCCCAAGGAGGGCCUCACAGCCAGCCAUACCUCCUGUCUUCCCGUUGGUGAACCCCAGGCAGAACUCCAGUGCCAAGGACAUGUCUACCCAACACCCAGGGUCCCUACUCAGCAGCGUCCACUUUCUGCUCCUGAUUUUCCUGAAGCUGCCCCUGUUCCUGGGCAUGCUGGGGGCCAUCCUCUGGGUGAACAGGCCUCAGAGAAGCUCUGUGGGGAGGCAGAGCUGGCCUGGCCAAGAGGCCUGCAGGGCUCUGUCCCCAGGAAUACCCUGUGCAGGGAGUCAGUCCUUCAGACUGGAUGGGAGAGGCUUGUGGACUCUGGACUCCAGGGCAGGAAAACAGCAGUGA